AACAAAAUAAAAUUUUAGACAGCCGCACGGAUCAGCCGUGCGUCGCACAGUAAAUUCUGGAAUCGUUUUUAAGCUUUUUAUUAUUUUGAUGAAUGUUACGAAAACAAAUGUGCACGUUUUUAAGUGAAAAAUGUUAUGAACUUACAAAUACAGUUUUUGUAUUAACGACUUUAAAAAAUAACUAACAAAAUAUGAUAGUGUCAAAACAAAACAUAACAUAACAAGUGAAGAAAAUCCAAAAGUUGUGAAAACUGCAGUGGUACAACAAGCAAUCUCGACAAUAAUCUCGCAUCGCGAUACAGCGAUACUAUGAAUUUUUGACAAGACUGAUUUUACUGUAGUUAAGAAAACGCACAUAACUCGAUAAUUGCGUAAUGCUAUAAGCUCAAGAUGUUGAGACUUCUCGGUGGACUGAGCGUGUACUUUAAGUACCAAGAUAUUAAGACUGACAAUGCGGUGUUCCGCCUCCACAAUGUGUUCACGACGGUGUUACUGCUCACCUGCUCGCUUAUAAUCACCGCCACGCAGUACGUCGGACAUCCCAUACAAUGCAUCGUCAACGGCCUCCCAGCUAAUGUCGUUAACACAUUUUGCUGGAUCACCUCUACUUUCACGAUGCCAGAUGCUUUUGCUAGAGAGGUGGGCAAAGCGGUGGCGCACCCUGGUAUUGCAAACGAGUACGACAGCACACAGGAGAAGAAGUAUUACACUUAUUACCAAUGGGUGUGCUUCGUUCUAUUCUUCCAGGCUCUAAUGUGUUACACACCGAAGUUCCUAUGGGACGCGUUCGAGGGCGGUCUCCUGCGGACCAUCGUGAUGGGUCUCAACAUCGGUAUCUGCGACCAGAACGAAAAGGAGAAGAAGAAAGACGCCAUCAUUGGUUACCUAAUCAGACAUGAACGGACGCACAAGCUGUACGCGCUGCGGUACUGGGGCUGCGAACUGCUCUGCCUGGUGAACAUCGUGCUGCAGAUGUGGAUGAUGGACAGCUUCUUCAACGGGGAGUUCUUCUCAUACGGCACCAGGGUGCUGUCCCGCAGCGAGAUGCCGCAGGAACAGAGAUACGAUCCAAUGAUCUACGUGUUCCCUCGUGUGACGAAGUGCACCUUCCACAAGUUCGGUCCUUCAGGCAGCAUACAGACGCACGACAGCCUCUGCAUCCUGCCGCUGAACAUCGUCAACGAGAAGACUUACAUCUUCAUCUGGUUCUGGUACAUCAUCCUCGCUGUCAUCCUCACACUGCUGGUUAUAUACAGAUUGGUGAUAAUGUUUGUGCCGUCGGUGCGGCCGCGGCUGCUGCACGCAGAAUUAAUGGCUGAGCUUGUAAAACGUAUGGGCGAGAAAGCGGGGCCGCGCGCGUGACGCUCACCCCCCGCGCCCCCAACGCCCCCAGCGCCCCCCGGCCGCAAGCCCAUCGCCAUAGUGGGCGUCUGACGCACGCCCAUACACCAAUAUCACCUCUACACGCAUACAAAUAAGAGCCACUCUCCCGCCACAGGUACGUGGCUAACAAAACUAUGGAGUCGUGUGAAGUGUUUUAAUUGUAAAAUAAACAGUCUACUUCCGUCUUAAUUACUAGCGUGAUAAGGGUUAUAUUUGAAUCGCAGAGUUGUACGGCCUCUAUACUCAUAGCAUUUAUGUGCAUUCUAAGCAUUUUUGUGUACAAAUUUACUAUAGUUUUAAUGAAGUGUUGAAAAUCAAUGUAAUAUGGAGCGUGCAUUUAAUUGAUGGAAUUUGUCCGAUUUUUUAUAUAUAAGAGUUUUGAGCCAAAAUCUGCCACAUUUUGACUUUGAAUAUUUUAAAUGCUGUUAGACAAUAUAAAAUCUUCACUUUUUGUACUGUUUGUUUAUUUGACUAAAUUACAUUAUUUGUAAUUAUUAUUUAACUUGUGGCUGAUUCCAUGUAUGACUUUUGUAUGGAAACCUUUAUGAAAUGUUUUUAUUCCAAGUAUUUGUAUAUUAUAUGCCUUUUUAGUAUUAAGCGUAACAGAUGUAAAUAAAUAAUAAUAUUAAACAUGAAGUUCGAUAUUAUUCCUAAUGUGGUUGCCAUAAGGUCGAAUAUUGUUUGAAUCUGGAUUUAACGUUCAUACAAAUCAGUUUAUAAACCUCGCGUAUACGUAAGAAUGGUCCUGUUUAAUUUGACAAGAAAAUAUAUUUGAAAAUUUGAAUUACAUUUUUAAUAAUAAUAAAAUCUGUCAACUUUAAAGUUAUUUUUAUCAAUUAUAACUGACUUUAAAAAAAAAACUUAUAUUUUUGUCCGAAAUAGUUGUAGACUAAAUCGACUCCAUUCAAUUCUCUGUUCCAAAUUUCUAGGGACCUGAUAUUUAUCUUUUUACACUCGAAUGUUUUGCGUAGUUUUUACAAGUUAAAUAUAUUUCUAUAUUUUAAAGUAAAUAAUAUAAAUUACGUUUAUUUAAAGAUCUGAUGAAAUAACAUUAACAAGUAUUUUAUAUUUCGUAUUAUUUAAAAAAUAUACGUCAUUUCUAUGAAAGUAGAAUAUGCGGGAUUAAAAUUGGAUUCAAUAAAAUCGAGAAAUUAAGUAAAAAAAAGUUGUUUAGUUAAUAUAGUAUUUUUUAAAGUUUAAUUUUCUUUUGUAACGUGACACCACAAUAUGUAUACUGCCAUUAAUUAUAUUGUAACAUCAAAUUUCAUUCGUAACAUAAAUUGAUUUUUCAUUUUUAUUUCACUUGUCAUAAAAU